UUUUAUUGUAAUGGCACACACGAAACCAGAAAUCCGACUUGCUACAUAUAUGUGUCCGUCCCAUCCGGUACAAUUGUACGAAUUGAUUCAGGACCUGCUAGAGGAAACAUUGGACUGCUAUACGAGUUUAAUUUAUGAGAGCCGAAAUCCUGGCCCCUUUCCAGACAGACCAGACCCUUUCGGCACUGACAAGGUGGAUAUAGCAUUCAUGACUGUUGCUGCUUAUAUGAAGCUUCGAAAUGAUAACAACGCUUUCAUCGACCUACUGCCGGUGACACCAGUUUUUGCCCAUCAAAUGAACGUUGAAAACAAACCAGGAUAUUUCUCAGACAUAAUCAUUCACCGUGAUAAAAAGGCACACAACGUCAAUACACUUUUGGAUUUACGUGGGUGCACGUUCGCCUACAGCGAUGAUGAAUCUCUUAGCGGAAGCAAAAUUAUUCUUAAAACAUUAAAAGAAAAAGGUGAAAAUGCGUCUUUCUUCGGGUCAUUAUUGAGAUCUGGAUCGCAUUUGGCGUCCGCUCAAAUGGUAUUAUCAAAACAAGCAGAAUGGGCUGCAGUAGAUUCAACAACACUACUUUACACAAAAAAGUACAUGUUUGAAGGUGGUAAAGAUAUAAUUACCCUGGAGACGUUGGGUCGACUUCCACCUUAUCCUAUUGUCGCGAAAGCAGAUCUUAAAGCGGAGGUGAAGCAAGCAAUAGUCAAAGCUUUUCUGAAUUUACCUCAUACUAGUGAAUGGAAAAAUAAAUUUGCAAAAUUUGGUAUACUCAAAUUUGUUCAUAAUAGUGAUGUCGCUUACGAUGGGCAGGUUGCACAGAUGUGGGCCUGCCAGAGCGAAAAACUCAACGUUAGGUAUUAUUAGGAUUUUGUUAUUCAUUUCA